AUGUUCUAUGGCUAUGUGAACCUUUGCUACACAUUAUAUAAAGAGGAAACAUUAGAGGAGGAAGAAUGUACAGAGUUGGAACUUGAAGCCCUGUAUAGGAGAUACUGCGUCAGACUGAAACAUGCUUUGUUCGUGUCUGCACUCUGCGUCACACUACUCUGCAGCUUCAUACUACUCUGUGCUGUCUGCAUACUUCAUUCACACGAACUUAAUACCCAAACCGAAGCCAUCGCAUCCCUAUCGGUGAUCACCUUCGUGCUGUCAAUAGUGUUGUGCCUCGCGUUAUUGCCGAUCGCACCAGAGUGGGAAGCACUUGCUUUGGCUGGAUCUCUACUGGUUACUUUGAGCCUUGGAGCUGGGACGCUCCUGGCUGCACACCAUGCGAGACAUCAUGCGCCUCUACCAUUAUUCGCACUUAUACUGAUGGUACACACAAUGAUGCCUAUUGCGCGGACCAUAUCUCUAGGCAUGGCCGCCGUGCUAACGGUGUCAUACACGGGCCUGGCUCUCGGCGCUAGACGCGACGACGGUUUAGACACAAAUUUUUAUCAACAGUUGAUCUGCGAGUUGACUCUGUUACUCUCAGCGAGUGGCAUCGGCAUCUACUAUCGAGCUUUGACCGAAAGGGCUCAUAGGAACACCUUCGCUGGCACCAGGACUUGCCUCGAACAGCGAGUGAAGCUAGAGUGUGAGAAGGAGCAACAAGAAAGGCUGCUAUUGUCGGUUAUACCAGCGUAUAUAGCUGCAGAGGUAUGUGGAUUAGAAUCUUAG